AUGGAUAUGCUGCGUGGCCGCAGCGCUGUGUCCCCGCAGGCCAGCACCGACCUGCCGCUGACGCAUGCCAAGCCGUGGCGGCACGGGCGGCCGCCAUUGCGGCACGGCCACUGCCACCCGCACAGCCACCAGCGGGGCGGGUGGCACUGCGGCGGCUGGGCUUCGCGCCGCGUCGUGCACCGCGUGCUGCUGGCGCUGCUGGCGCUGGUGGUGGUGACGCGGCUGGGCACACACCUGUUUGGCGGGCCGCAGCCGGAUCUGGCAGACCUGAUGCGCCUGAAUGGAGACGGCCCCACCGUGCAGCCCGCAGCCUGGCGCCCUGAUGCCGAGACCGCCGCCGCGCAGCAGCCCAAGCUCAUCCCGCGAAUCAUACACCAGACCCACGCCGGCGGCGCGCUGCCGCCUCGCCUGCGCCAAUACAUGGCCAGCUGGCGCCAGCUCAACCCCGGAUGGGAGGUCCGCCUGUACACGGACCAGGACUGCCUCGACUUUGUGCGCCACGAGUUCCCUGAUUACUUGGAAGCCUACCGGCGGCUGGGCAGGGGCGUGGAGCGAGCAGACUUCUUCCGGUACAUGGUGGUGUUGCGCCUCGGCGGCGUGUAUGCCGACGCGGACGCCGAGUGCCGGCGCCCGCUGGACGGCGUGGUGCACAGCAAGGACACGCUGGUGGCGGGGUGGGACAACGAGUUUGCAGAGGCCAGGGCGGCGCUGGAGGCAGGGUACGUGCGCAUGCGCCAGCUGGUGCAGUGGGUGUUUGCCGGAGCGCCCGGCCACCCGGCGCUCAAGGAGCUCUGCGACGCGAUUGCCGCGGGGGUGGGCCGCCGCCAGAGCUUCUCGGCUGACGCCCGCAUCGACGCCCUGGAGCGCACCGGCGCGGGGCUGUUCACAGAUGUGCUGCUGCGGCAUGCGGCGCAGCACCCGCCCUCGCGUCGGGACGACCCCUGGGGCGUGCGCCUGCUGCCCCGCCUGCUGUUUGGCGCGCCCAGCAGGCCCGCCUACGGCCUGGCGCCGGACGACCCGGGGGUGGCGGUGCUGCACCACAGCGCAGGCGGCACCUGGGAGCAGGGCAGCAGCCACUGGCCGUGGCAGGUGACGGUGCAGGGCGUGACGUCUGAGGUGGCGCGGCGCUGGCGCCACCGCAGCGAGGACGCCGAGGCAGAGCAGGCCAAGGUCAUGGCGGAGCGGGACGAGGCGGUACAGCUGUACCCCGUGUCUGUUGACUUUGACCCGCCCUUUGACCUGCUCACCCACCGCGCCGGCCGCGGCGAGCGGCAGAGCGGCGCCGACGUCGGCGCCGCCAUCACCACGCACGGCGGCUGGCAGCCCUCGGUGCAGCCCUCGCGGCGGCCCAGCCUGACCGACGCCGUGGUGGGCAGCAUGGGCGGCGCCGACUCCCGGCGCAACGUCCUCAUAGAUGUGGGCGCGGGCUACGGCUUGCUCUCGCUGGCGGCGGCGGCGCGCGGCCACAGGGUGCACGCCUUUGAGCUGGGCCCCGCCAGCCUGGAGGCGCUGGAGGCCAGCGUGCGGCACAACGGCUUCGAGCACCUCGUGGAGGUGCACAAGGAGCCGCUAGGGUCACCCGAGCAGGAGGGCUACACCUGCAUCUUGCCCAAGCAGAGCAGCGGCGGCAGCGGGGGCUCCGCGGCUGCGGCAGCGGCAAACUUGGAGGUGCAGCGGGGCUAUGGCCCGGCCGAUGUGCACGCCAUGCCGGCAGAGAGCUGCCAGCUGAUGACGCGGAGGUCGGCGGGGGCCUGGGCCGUGCCGGAGACCGACCGCGUGGCCGCGCUGCGGGUAUCAGCGAACGGAUGGGAGGGCUUUGUGCUCCAGGGCUUUGCCCCGCUGCUUGAGCGCCCCAACCGGCCGCCGGUGGUGGCGGUGGAGUGGAACCCGGCUGCCAUGCGGGCGGCCGGCUGGCGGCGGCCGCUGAAGCUUGUGGAGUGGCUGCACGGCCUGGGCUACUGCGACAUCUCCCACAGCGGCUACGUGUGCGACGAGCGCUGGUACAGCAUCACUUACGGCAUCAGGCGGCGGGGCGGCAUCCGGCCAGAGGACCUGGCGGGUCUGCGGCAGCCCACCUGGUGCCGCCUGCUGCCGCAGCACUUCUCGCUGCUGCUGGACCGAGCCAGCGGCGCCUACCCCGAAACGCUGCUGUUUGUCAACCGGGCGGCGGCAGUGGCCAACGCCAGCAGCAGCGGCAGCAGCAGCAGCGGCAACGCUCCCGGGGGCGAGGCGGCAGCCGGCGGCCGCAGCGCCAACACAGACGAGUUUGGCGUGCCUGACGUUGUGGCGCAGGCGUUAGCGGAGGCGGCGCUGAUGGUGGCAGACCCAGCGGCCAACCGCACGGCGGCGGCGGUGUCAGACCUGGCCGCCGCCGCUGGGAACGGCAGUGGCAGUGGUGGCGGCGCCACCCUGCACGCAUCGGGCAAGCAGCGAGCGCCGGGGCAGCAGCAGGCGCAGCAGCGGCAGCCGCGGCAGCCUUCCAGCGAAGAGCCUGCCGUUCAGCACGGCGAGCAGUAG